AUGCCACCAUCUUUCGAUGCCUGGGAGCAGCAGAUCACCUUACUCCACCAAGACGGGUCCAACUUCACCGUCACCAUGACUGAUUUUGAGUUUUAUCGUCUCUAUGGCAUCCGAAGGGCUAUCAACGUCGGAUCCCAGAUUGGGGCAUCCAUCAUCCUCCUGUUGGUCCUGCUUCUCCUGACGAGGUCCGAGAAGCGCAAGUCUUGGAUUUUCGUCAUGAACGCUCUCUGUCUCGUCACCAACGCCGUCCGCUGCAUCUUGUCGUGCACCUUUCUGACCGGCAACUUCUGGCAUCCUUAUGCUCAAGCUUCUGGGGACUGGAGUCGCAUCACUUCAUCGGACCUCGCUACUACAGUCGCUACCAACACGAUGACCUUGAUCGUCACUAUCUUGGUUAUGGUAUCGCUCAGUUUGCAGGUCUGGGUUGUGUGCAUUACCACCAUACCUGUCUAUCGCUACUUCAUCAUGGGCAUCACCACACUCGUAGCACUGAUCGCAGUCGGGUUCAAGUUCGCCGUCAUCAUAAUAAGCAACGAACAGACGCUGAAGUGGAACGACAUGUUACCCUAUCAAGAUCUCAUCUCGACAUCGUAUAUCAUGCAAGCCGUCGCCAUCUGGCUCUUCAGUUGCGUUUUCACAUGGAAGCUGGGACACGCCAUCAUCCAGAGGCGAAAGCUCAAGAUGCCUCAAUUUGGCCCAAUGCAAAUUGUCUUCAUCAUGGGUUGUCAGACUAUGAUCAUCCCAGGCAUCUUCUCAACACUCGAGUUCCACCGUCAAGUCCCCGAGCUCGGCCAGCAAGUCCUCACAAUCGUCUGCAUCUUCCUCCCUCUCUCUGCCAUUUGGGCCGGCGUCGUCAACGAGUCCAAUGUCGCCUACCGCGGGCCAGACUCGAAUCAACGGCUGCUGCAUAAUCAGUUCUACGGACCUGCCUCAACGUCUUCAAUGACGAGCGGAGCAACCGCGUGCGAGAAGAACCGUCAGCUGAGUAUCGGCACAUACAGAAAGAGUGGCGUUGAGACGGACAGUGUGGCAGCGUCACUCUCUCCGCGACAGAAGAGUCUGUUGGGGGAUGACCGAAUCCACGUCAAUCGCAAGUUCAGCGUGCACAGUGACAGUGCUGAAGACCAGGCUUGA